AUGUCUGACAGUGGAUCACAACUUGGUUCAAUGGGUAGCCUGACCAUGAAAUCACAACUUCAGAUCACUGGAUUUUAUUGUACUUUAGUACAUCUUCCUGGAAGGAACUUAAUGGGAAACUGCAUGCAGGGAAUAUGGAAAAAAUUGCUGAGUUAUGUGGAUACACUUCAAGCAUUAGAUCAGGAUGAUAUGAUGGAAGAGAUCAGUGGAAAAAUUGUUCAUAUGACAAGGAUGCAGAAUUUAGAACUUGAUAUCACCCAUAUUGAACACAUGGAGAGGGAUGUCAUGCUUGGUGCUUCACAGAAUGAUGAUGGUUCCAGGCCCAGGGAUGAAACAAGAGCAAACACAAAUGGAUCAGACGAUCCUGAGGAUGCAGCGUCUGGUGAAAAUAGGAAGGUCAAUGGGAAUAAUUCUCCAUCGCUCUCAAAUGGAGGUUUUAAACCGUCUAGGCCUCCAAGACCUUCGCGACCACCUCCACCUACCCCACGUAGACCAGCAUCUGUCAAUGGGUCGCCAUCUGCCACUUCAGAAAGUGACGGAUCUAGUACAGGCUCUCUGCCACCAACAAAUACAAAUGUAAAUUCAUCUGAAGGAGCGACAUCUGGAUUAAUAAUUCCUCUUACUAUAUCUGGAGGUUCAGGCCCUCGGCCCUUAAAUCCUGUAACUCAAGCUCCCCUACCACCUGGUUGGGAGCAAAGAAUGGACCAGCAUGGGCGAGUCUACUAUGUAGAUCAUGUUGAAAAAAGAACAACGUGGGAUAGACCAGAACCUCUACCUCCUGGUUGGGAACGGCGGGUUGACAACAUGGGGCGUAUUUAUUAUGUUGACCAUUUCACAAGAACAACAACAUGGCAGAGGCCAACGUUGGAAUCUGUCCGUAACUAUGAACAAUGGCAACUACAACGAAGUCAGCUUCAAGGAGCAAUGCAGCAGUUUAACCAGAGAUUCAUUUAUGGGAAUCAAGAUUUGUUUGCUACAUCACAAAGUAAGGAAUUUGAUCCCCUUGGUCCAUUGCCAUCUGGAUGGGAGAAAAGAACAGACAGCAAUGGCAGAGUAUAUUUUGUCAACCACAACACUCGUAUUACACAGUGGGAAGACCCCAGAAGUCAAGGUCAAUUAAAUGAAAAGCCCUUACCAGAAGGCUGGGAAAUGAGAUUCACUGUGGAUGGAAUUCCGUAUUUUGUGGACCACAAUAGAAGAACAACAACCUACAUAGAUCCCCGCACAGGAAAGUCUGCCCUAGACAAUGGACCACAGAUAGCCUAUGUUCGGGACUUCAAGGCAAAGGUUCAGUAUUUCCGGUUCUGGUGUCAGCAACUGGCCAUGCCUCAGCAUAUAAAGAUUACAGUGACAAGAAAAACAUUGUUUGAAGAUUCCUUUCAGCAGAUAAUGAGCUUCAGUCCCCAAGAUCUGCGAAGACGUUUGUGGGUGAUUUUUCCAGGAGAAGAAGGUUUAGAUUAUGGAGGUGUAGCAAGGGAAUGGUUCUUUCUUUUGUCACAUGAGGUGUUGAACCCAAUGUAUUGCCUGUUUGAAUAUGCAGGGAAGGAUAACUACUGCUUGCAGAUAAACCCUGCUUCUUACAUCAAUCCAGAUCACCUGAAAUAUUUUCGUUUUAUUGGCAGGUUUAUUGCCAUGGCUCUAUUCCAUGGGAAGUUCAUAGAUACGGGCUUCUCUUUGCCAUUCUACAAGCGUAUCUUGAACAAACCAGUUGGACUGAAGGAUUUAGAAUCUAUUGAUCCAGAAUUUUACAAUUCUCUCAUCUGGGUUAAGGAAAACAAUAUUGAAGAAUGUGGUUUGGAAAUGUACUUCUCAGUUGAUAAGGAAAUUCUAGGUGAAAUUAAGAGUCAUGAUUUGAAACCCAAUGGUGGCAAUAUUCUUGUAACAGAAGAAAACAAAGAGGAAUAUAUCAGAAUGGUAGCUGAAUGGAGGUUGUCUCGAGGUGUUGAAGAACAGACACAGGCUUUCUUUGAGGGCUUUAAUGAAAUCCUUCCUCAGCAAUAUUUGCAAUACUUUGACGCAAAAGAAUUAGAGGUCCUUUUAUGUGGAAUGCAAGAGAUUGAUUUAAAUGACUGGCAAAGACACGCCAUCUACCGUCAUUACACGAGGACAAGCAAGCAAAUCAUGUGGUUUUGGCAGUUUGUUAAAGAAAUCGAUAAUGAGAAGAGAAUGAGACUUCUACAGUUUGUAACUGGAACUUGCCGAUUGCCAGUUGGAGGAUUUGCUGACCUCAUGGGGAGCAAUGGACCACAGAAGUUUUGCAUUGAAAAAGUUGGGAAAGAAAAUUGGUUACCCAGAAGUCAUACCUGUUUUAACCGCCUGGACCUGCCACCCUAUAAGAGUUAUGAGCAACUGAAGGAAAAGCUGUUGUUUGCCAUUGAAGAAACAGAAGGGUUUGGACAAGAAUAG